AUGGAGAAGGACCUUGAAUGCCAGGAGUUGGGCAUCCCUCCCCAGGUUGGUGGGGAGCCAUGGAGAGAUCUGAGCAGGUCACUGAGGCUCUAUUCAUUUGUCUUCAUUCUUUUUUCUCUCUGUUCCUCUGACUAUACAAUCUCAUAGGAGAAGCCCUUUAACCCUGCAUAUACAAGUAAAAGCUUCCCAUUCCUGGUGAGCAAGAGGACCACUGUACGUGUUCCAAUGAUGCACCAGGUGGAACAAUUUGCUUUUGGGGUGGAUCCAGAGCUGAACUACUCUGUGCUGCAGAUGGGCUACAGCAGAGACACUGUGGCCUUCUUUGUCCUCCCUGGUGAGGGCAAGAUGAGGCAGCUGGAACACGCCUUGUCAGCCAGGACUCUGAGGAAGUGGAGCCGCUCACUCCAGAAGAGGUGGGUAUAGGUGUUCAUUCCAAAAUUUUCCAUUUCCUCCUCCUAUAACCUGGAUAUCCUCCCAAAGAUGGGCAUCUGGGAUGCCCUUGACAAAAAUGCUGAUUUUUCUGGAAUCACGAAGAAAGACUUCUUUCAAGUUUCCAAAGUGGCUCACGAGGCUGUGCUGGACGUCAGAGAGGAGGGGACCCAGGCUGCAGCAGCCACUGUCACCAAACUCAGAGUCCAGUAUGGCCCUUCUUACUCCACCAUCUGUUUCAAUAGGUCCUUCAUGCUGCUGAUCAUAAACAAAGCCACACAGAUCAUGCUCUUCCUUGGGAAAUUUGGGAACCCCACUAUGUUCUAG